UGUGUGUGUGUGUGUGUGUGUGUGUGUGUGUGUGUGUGUGUGUGUAUUCACUGCCUGACAGAAGUCUUGUCGCCUAUCCAAGUUUAAGGAUCAUUUGGUAUCAAUAUCUUAUAUGAAAGGCAAAGGCCUCUAGAUCAGCCUGUGAUGGCCAAAAUUGCAAUCCCAGUGACUCGUGACCCCCAAUAUCCUCUGAGGUGGUUAUGAAUAUAUAAACCUUGCUCAUAACGGCGUACACAUACCUGUAGAACCAAGACUAUUCAUCAUUUAAUUCUGAAGAACACCACUCGGGGACCAUCCUCCAUGUUCAGCUGUGGCCUGUAUUUAUUUUUAAUGUUCGUGAGCGCCGUAAAGGUGUCAGAAAGCUUUACCUGGUGCCAUAAAAUCUGUGUGCUGUGUCUAAUAUAACAAUCCCCCCAGGGGUCACAAAGAUGUUAUUUUAAUAUAACUAUUAGCUACUGUUUCUUUUCUUCUGUAGGUUAUGAAUAAAAUAUUCAAAUAUAUUCUAAUAGUUUAAUCAAAUGAAUUAGAUUUUUGGAAAUCACCAAGCAACUCUCUCCUCAUUGUCCUGCAACCCCCACUAUGGGAACCACUGCUCUAGAUGAGGCUUAUUUGAGCCCAAUAAAAUCUGAUCAUGUCUUGAUUAUGAAUGAUUUGAUUAGGACAGUAAGGUCUGACUCUGCUUAGACUAAAGUCUGCUCACUGAACCUUCAAUAAUGUCCAGUAUAGAAUAUGUGCUCAUGCUGCAGUGGAAACAGAAUGAAUAUUGUGUCUGACUCCAUCAUGAGCUUGGAGGACUGCAUCCAUACAUCUCUGACAUGACUCAAAUCACUGAUUAAUAAAGUCAUCUGGAAUGGUGAAGAAAGCCUUCUUGCAGGACUCCCAGAGUUCAUCAAGAGUCUUUGUGUUCAUCUUCAACGCCUCCUCCUUCAUCUUACCCCAGACGUGCUCAAUAAUGUUCAUGUCUGGUGACUGGGCUGGCCAAUCCUGGAGCAGCUUGACCUUCUCUGCUUCAGGAGCUUUGAUGUGGAGGCUGAAGUAUGAGAAGGAGCGCUAUCCUGCUGGAGAAUUGUCCCUCUCCUGUGAUUUGUAAUGUAAUGGGCAGCACAAAUGUCUUGAUACCUCAGGCUGUUGAUGUUGAUCAUCCACUCUGCAGUAAGCUCUCUGUUGUGUAGUGUUGUGUAUGCGCAGGGCAGUAAUGCGACUAUCAUGAACACAUGAACCCAUCUUAUAUCAUUCAGCGUCUCCAGGAGAGCAGCACAGGGUGUGUGUGUGUGUGUGUGUGUGUGUGUGUGUGUGUGUGUGUGAUCAUCCCCACAUGAUCACUUUCUGAGGAAUCACAACUUUCCAAACCAGUGAUUCCAGUUCUGGACAUCAGAGCAGUGUGUGUGUGCAGACAGAUGGAUGAGGAAGAGAGCUGACUGAAACUGAGGCAUCGUGAUGACAGGUGUUUGGGUUACAGGCUGGAUUUUCCUGUUCUGUCAGAAUGUCUUCAGCAUGAUGUGUUGAUGAAGAGGUUUUCUGAAAGCUGAGCUCUGCUAGUGUCAGAUGUAAACAGGAUGUAGAAUAAUUAAGAGGAGGGACGCGUUUCUCACUUCUGCAGUCAAUCAUGACUUACUUUAGAGAGUUUCCUCAGAGUAAAUGUCUUUUGUCUUUGUCUCAGUUAUUAAAGAACACAAGGGAAGAUGUUUAGAGGAAUGCUGGAGACGGAAAACCAUUGACUUUUAUUUGAUGAAAGUCAAUGGUUACAGAUUUAUAACUUUCUUCAAAAUAUAUUUGUGUUCAACAGAAAAAAGUCAUACACAAACGACUUGAGGGUGAGUAAAUAGUGAAUACAUCUUUAGUUUUGGGUGAACUCUCUUUAAUGUCUGUACUGAUGGAUCUGUAGGUCUGUAUACAGUCAGCUAAUGUAGGCGAUGCUAAUAAAUGAUGUUAAUUAAAUAAAUGUGUAAAUAGGUCAGGCAUGACUGUAAUGUUAAAUGUUUUAUGUUUAAUAAAUAGUAUAAAGGUUUAUUGCUCAUUGUUUUGACGCGCAUGUGUGUGCAUGUGUGUGUGUGCGUGCGUGUGUUUGUGGGCGCGAUUUACCCCUGACCCCGCCCACAUGCUCUACAUUAUAAAUGAGGUCUGCUGACAGCGGCUCUGAUCGCCCAGCCGCCGAAUGAGCUCAACAUGGCGGAAUCUCGCGCUCACUCUCCGGUUCUGCCCGUCUCCCGGUGCCGCUGCACAAGUUCACUGUAAAGUUUCUCUGAGGAGUCCAUAUGGAAACACUGGCAGAGAAGAGACCGUAAAACGGCCGAGAUGAACGGCGCACGCGCAGUGCUGCAGAGCGGCCCGUCAUCACCAGCGCUGCCCGCUGAACAUGUGCUGAACUCCGGAGCGGUCGCUUUCCCCGGUGUGUUUGACCAGUACGGCUGUCCACUGGUCCUGUUUCCCUCUGAGCAUCACGGUAAACUGGAGGAGGAGCUGAGCAAAGAAGAGGCGGUGCACUUUAUACACUACUGCCUGCGCCUGCACCGUGUUCGUCUGGAGGAGACUCUGCUGUCGGGUGGUGGAUCUGAGGCAAGCAGAUCUCCGCAUCGCCCUCUUCAUCGCUGAGACUCUGCUG